CGCUGCGGUGAUAAUGGCGGAGGUCAGCUGCUGUGUGAGGACGCGAGCGAACAAACUCAACGCGUUCAAAACACUGUGGAUACAUUAUCAAUACCAUCAUUAUCAUGGCCGUGUGACGUCACCCAGCAGCUGUACACACAUGAGUGACGUCAGUGCUGCAGUGUGUUUGAGUUCAGAGUCAGCGGGAUUUUUUAUAACUGAUCGAUCACGUGCUGCGAUGAGAAUGAAUCAACAGACACCGGUCAGAUUUCACUGCACACUGACGCAAACACGCGCGUUCAGCUGGCGGAGACACGACGCGCCGCUCUACACGAACAGAAGCGCGUAUUACGACGUGCUGAGAGUCUCGCCGAACGCGACGCAAGCGCAGAUCAAGAGCGCGUAUUAUAAACAGUCAUUCAUCUAUCAUCCGGACCGGAACGCGGGCAGUGAGGAGGCGUCGCGUCGCUUCGCGCUCAUCGCUGAAGCGUACAGUGUGCUCGGGAGCGUCGCGCUCAGGAGGAGAUAUGACCGCGGUGAACUGUCGCACAGUGACGUGCAGAACGCGGGCAGACCUUCAUCAUCAUCAUCAUCAUCAUCAUCACACAUGUCAAACCUCCACCACCACCAUCAUCAUCAGAGAACGCGACGCGUGUCGGACGCCUCGGGGAAGUCUAUGUUUGACUUUGACGCGUUCUAUCAGGCUCAUUACGGCGAGCAACUGCAGCGGGAGAAACAGAUGAGACACAAACGAGAUCAACUUCAGCAACAGCAGCGGGAACAUUUCCGCAAUUGGAAACGCGGGAAAAUGACGGAAAUGACGGUUGGAUUUCUGCUGGUGUUUGGAGGCGUGAUACUCAUGAGCUUGAGAUCGUGAAUGAUUAUUUAUUUAUGAUAGUUAUGAACUGAAGCGCUGUAUUCCGUCAUUUAUCUGUUUUCAAGGACUGGAUUGAGAACAGCAGUGAAAUCACACCAGACUCUGACACGAGCAGCCAAUCAGAAACGCCAUUGUUGGGUUUGCUCUCAUCGGAUUGGCUGAUGUGUGCUUGAGGGCGGGGUUCACUACUGUCAAUCAUUACAAGACAACAGAAAACAUUAACAAUAAUCACUCAUACUGUUCAUUAAGAUGCUCUGCGUGAGUGUUCCGUGUUCAUAUUGCUAAUAAGUUUAGUUGUAGAGGGUUUAAUAAAAAGCCAGUAAAUCUGAAGUUAUUUCAGAAAGAUUUGGUUUUAAUAUAAACGAUGAAAUUUGUUUUCAGCUGCUGUGAUGUGAUGGUUCACCAGGUGGCGCUAUGAUCAUAUAAAUCAAUUACACACUGCACAGAUUUGAAUCUUUUCAUCACAUAAUAUCCCUCAUCAUCACCAAUAUUAUUCACAGAAAUAUAAAGUUCAGUGUGUCCAUCACUUCUGGUACUAAAUCUCAUUUCCACUAUUAACGUAAAGGGUUCUUUUGAAAAUAAAAUUAGUACAGACAACAGCUUGUGACCAAAGCAAAACAACAAAGAGGAAUAUGUAUUGAGAAGUAGAGCAGGUGGAAUUAAAAUGCAGUAAUACAUGUCAGUGAUUGAAAUUAUGAUGUGAAUUGACAUUAAUGUUAAAAGCGGGUCACAAUGGUCCAUGUCAGAUGUUUUUGUACACAAAAUAGGAAACAAGUUUUUCUCUGAACUCACUAAGAAAUAUAAUGAUCAACAUUAACAUGUUCUUAUUUUUUCUGGUAGUAUUUUUUUUUUAGUUGUAAAUCUUCUAAAUUAAUACAUGUAACUCGUUACAGAAGCAGAGAUACUGAACUAGUUAAUUUAACAAAUGAUUCCUUUAAAGGGGUCAUGAAAAGCUAUUUUAUUAUGUUCCCUGAGGUCCACUGAUAAUGUUAGUAAAGUUUUUUAGCACUGAAACAGUGAUCAUUUAGUAAUACAGUAUGUGAUCAUUUUCCACCCUGUUUCUGGUCCUCUGUCUCAAACGCUCAGUUUUGGCCUCAGCAUCUCCUUUAAACUUCAGUGUGAACACCCACUGUUCUGAUUGGCUAACAUCGUGUAGCCCUUCAAAUACAGCCAAAUUUGAAACUCAAUCGGAAGAGAAUAAACAAGCUCUCCACAACAUUAUAAAACUAAAUUUCAGGGUUUACACAUAAUGCACAUCUAACAUAUUGCAUCCGAAUAUGUUAAACUGUUCACUCAAGCAUAUCAGCACCAUAACUAUCAAACAGUCAUAUGAAAUAUUCAUGAAUUAAACUGUUUACUUACUGUUUUAUGAUCGGGUCCAGUAGUGUUUUUAACUGCCCCAUCCUUCAAUAACAGUUCCUUUGCAAAGCUUGAAUCAUAUUAUGACUGGUUCACAAGCAGUCCACGCACAUACAUAGUCCACAGCAUGAUGAAUAGACGCACAUACAUAGGUGCACUGAGGCGCAGAUCGCCGGAAACACAUCCAAAUGAUCAAAGAUGCCCAGCUAGUCCAUGUUUACACCAAUGAUUAACACUAGCGCAGAUGGGCGAAAGAACAGUAUGUUGAAAAGUUUGUGUGCAGUACAGCAAGAGGCAGAAAUGUACCUUGACACUGCAUCUCUUAAAAGCAGCGCAAUAAAAAUGACAAUGGUAAAAGACUGUCUAAUGCAUGUCAUAUAUAAAAUAAAUAAAUAAAUAAAAUAAAAAUAGUCCAGAUGGGUCCCCUUUGGUGUUCAGGAAUAGUUGGUCACACUAGGCCUCUCUCUAUCUCUCUCUGUUUACAAUAUGAACUGAACGCCAGUGGGCGGGGCCAAUGGUGCGAUGACAUGUUGUGAGCCGUGUAAAUACAACUGAGCAAUGUUUCGUGAUGUCACGAACGCAGUUUUUAAAACCAGACAUUUCAAAUGUGUGGGAACUAUAAAUGCUCUUUUUAGACUGGGGAAGCUUUGAGUUCUGAAAAUUACAGUGUUUUUAUAGUACAUUUACCACUUACAUGUCUAAAUAUCAAGGAAAAUUAGAUUUUACAUUUCAUGACCCCUUUAAAUUUCAUGACAUUUUGGUUCUGUCGUUUUUAAAAGUAGAAAAUCUGAGGUUAAAUUUAAAUCAUAAUGAGCAGUAAAAACGUAUGGAUGGAAGACAUAAAAAACAAUACUAUAAAUAAUUACUGUAUAAAUCUAAUUCACAGCAAACAGAACCAAAAUCACUGAUGUUUAAUGGAAACUUGUGUCAUGCUGUGAAUGAGAUCUGGAUAUCUGUCAGAAAAUAUUCAUGAUCGUCUGAAGAGAGAGAUUUGAAGCUGUUGAUGGUAAAUUAUAGAUGUAAUAUGAUGAAGCAGACACAGUUUAAAACUGACAAAUAUUGAAAAGAUCUUUAUUCACUUUGGACGUGUUCUGAGAAGUGUCCUCAAAAUACCACAAGAUAAAACCAACAUCUCGACAAGAGAAUCAACAGAGCAUGAACAGAUGAUGAGAAUCACAAGAAACAUGCUCCACCUCACUUCCUGUCCAUCAAACACUGCAGGGAAAAUGUGAGUGAACACCUCCUGAAAUCUGAGAUGAUAGUUUAAAACAAGUCUUGACAUAUAUAAUCCAUUAGUGAUGUUGUUUAAUGUUGUGUGUGUUGAUGUUCAUGACAGAUGAAGAUCAAGAGCUGUUCAUGAAAUACACAUCAAAGGCUUCAAUUAAGAGUUAUUACACCUCAUUAAAGAUUUGUCUUUUACAUGUUUGGUCAUUAACUGAUUGAGUUUUAGCAUUUUGCUCUCAUUUGUGUAAAUCAACACAAAGUCCCCAAUUGUAUAGCUAAAUUGUGUAAUAUUAGAAUAAUGUGCUGCAUAAAAUGAUGAAUUGCUAAUAGACACAUCACACAGGUGCGGUUCAGUUUGAUCUUCAGGUGCGCGGCUUCAUUAUGCACAGAUGAAAAGAGCUUUUGGAGAAAGACAGACUGCUGAUGGUUUAUUAUGGAAGUGUUUUCAAAGUCACUUACAGAGAAAGUGCAAUAAAUCAUUUACUAAUGUCAGUCCAUAGAUAAUAAUCACACUAAAUCCAGAUCAUCUGUCUGAUCUACAGGUCAAUCAGACCACCAUCAGUAUCAUGUGAGGUGAGGAAGAUUUCACCGUUCUUCAUGAAUACAGAUCCAUAAUGAACUGAAGCGUUUGGUUUAGGUGUUUUUCAACUGCUGGUACCAGAGAGAUUGUAAGAUCAUGAAGAUGAGAGCUGGAGCGACUCAAAACACCACAAGAACCUGAGCUUUAUGGACAGAUUGAUCUCUUUAACAGACAGCAAUGAGACUAAAUGGAGACAUUUGCUUCUCAGAUAUUUCUCCAGAUCAAAAGACUCCAGUGAUCUCGCAUGUGUCUCCUUUAGAGUUUCACAAGAGAUUUCAACAAUGUUUCAAACUGUGCUCAGAUUGAUAGGAACAAGGAGGAAUUUUAGGAGAAACAUCUGAGACAUCUCGAGCAAUGAAAGAGCAACAU